CGUUGGCUUUACCCCGCCCUCCUUUCAAGAUGGCGGUGCUUGGUUGUGGUGCGUCCGGCCUCCGGGCCAGGGGUCGUUUGGGGAGUCUCUUCCCUGUCGUCUCAAAACCAUUUUGUUCAGCCGCUGCUGCGUCUAGGCCCCUGGAUGCUCAACGAUUAGCGGAGAAGCUCCGAGCCCAGAAACGGGAAGAAAAGCUGAAGGAGCGGGUGCCCACAAACCCUGUUCAGCGGAGGGUGCGAGAGUUAGCGCGAUUCACAAAGCAGCUGCAGCGAGUCCACCCGAACGUGCUUGCCAAGGCACUGAGCCGAGGGAUCCUCCACCAGGACAAGGACCUUGUGGUCAUCAGCAAGCCCUAUGGUCUGCCUGUGCACGGUGGCCCUGGGGUCCGGCUGUGUAUCAGUGAUGUGCUGCCUAUCUUGGCAAAGAUGCUUCGCGGCCAGAAGGCAGAACCCUUGCAUCUGUGCCACCGGCUGGACAAAGAAACCACAGGCGUGAUGGUGUUGACUUGGGAGAAGGAAAUGGCACAUCAAGUCCAAGAGUUGUUUCGAACGCGCCAGGUGGUCAAAAAAUACUGGGCCAUCACUGUGCACGUCCCUGUGCCCUCGGCAGGAGUUGUGGAUAUUCCCAUCAUCGAGAAGGAGGUGCAAGGCCAGCGGCAACACCACAAGAUGACACUGUCCCCCAGCUACCGCAUGGACAAUGGGAAGAUGGUGAAAGUGCGGAGCAGCCGGAAUGCUCACCUCGCUGUGACUCAGUACCAGGUGCUCAGCAGCACUCUCUCCUCUGCCCUCCUGGAGCUGCAGCCCAUUACUGGAAUAAAACAUCAGCUUCGGGUUCACCUGUCUUUUGGUUUGGAGUGCCCAAUCCUUGGAGAUCACAAGUACUCAGACUGGAAUAGGUUGGCUCCCCAGAAGCUGCCUGCUGGCACCCUGAAGAAGCUGGGGCUGGAGCAGUCGAAGGCCCGCCACAUCCCCCUUCACUUGCAUGCCCGGCAGCUGAUCCUGCCUGCCCUGGGGUCCAGGAAGGAGGAACUCAACUUGACCUGCAAACUUCCUCACUUCUUUGUACGUUCAUUGAGCCGCCUGGGCUUAGAGAUGCCAAAUCAGGAUCAAAAUGACAAGUGAAGCUGGGCAUCCGGGACUACAGUGAAAAAGACUGUUCAGUUUGAGCUCUUUGCUUUUAAUGGAUUCCGUUAACUUCUCACUUGAAAGAAGAGGCAGGCCAGGAUAAGUUGAAGAAACCCGGCUGCUUCACGGCUUCAGUGGAGAGCAGUCUGUUUCCCAGUUGCCUGGCCACACUGUGGAAAAGCCUAAGGCCUGCUGGAAGUCUCCUUGCCAAGACGGAAGAGAGCCUGAGAGGACAGAUCGGGGUGGUCACUGGAAAAGGAGAGCUGAGAGGCAGAAGCUAUGGUCAGAAAUGGUUUUCAGCCAGCAGGCAAGCCCUGCUGUCGGGAGGGUCUCCCCGGUUGGAGAGAAUGUAGUGGUUGAGUGCCCGUCAUGGAACCCGGGAAUUCUGUCCAGCUGCAGCAUGAGGACUGAUUGCAUUAGGGAACUGUGAAGGGUGAUUGGGUGGGCGUGAGGUGGCAUCUUUGGUGAGCAAGGGAAGCAGAUGUGAGUGGCAGGGUCUGAGGCAGUGUGGGGACCAUAAACCAAGGGACAUGCCCAGAACCAGCGUUAGCUCCAGCCAGGUGUUGCCAUGUGACAACAGAUUUUCUCUUUUUUUUUUUUUUUUUUUUUUUGGAGACUCAGGGAGCCCAGAUAUUUACAUGGGUAUAUCUCCCAGCACUUUGUCAGUUACAUAAAAAUUUGAAACCACUGCUUGGAAUGCCCACAUUCCAUAGCAGAAAGCCUAGGUUUCAGUCUCAAUUCUGUUUCCCAUACCAGCUCAAGUACCUGCCACACAGGUGGGAGACCAGGAUUGAAUUACAACCUCCUGACUAUCCCCAACUGUGGGUAUCUGGGAAGUGAACCAAUGGCUGAAAGAUCUGUCUCUGCUUUUCAAAUAAAUAAAAGUAUUUAUUUUAAAAAAUUAUUUUUAAAAAUAAGGAUGUUUGGAAAUCACUUUUGCUUAUAAAUAUUAAACAUCCUUUUAAAAAUUAGAACAUUUAAUCAAGCACACAAUAGGAACCAUCAAACAUCAGGUGCUAGAGUUCAUUUGUAAUUAGUUGCCAUCUGAGUAUUGGUGAAGAGGAUCUCACCACUGCCAGCAUUGCCAGAGAGAGGGCCCUGUAUUGAGGGCAGAGUGGGGUUUUUGGCCUAGUGGUGAAGAUGCUUUUUGGGGGUUCCACAUUCCACAUCUGUAGUGCCUGGGUUCAGCUUCCAGCUUCACUCCUUUUCCAGCUUCCUGUUAAUACAAAUGCUAGGAGGCAGCAGGUGACGGCUCGAGUAAUUUGGUCCCUGCCACCACAUGGAAGACCUAGAUUGAGUUUCUGAUUCCUGUCUGGCUUGGCCCAAUCUUGGCUGUUGUGGGCAUUUGAGGAGUGAACCAGUAGAUGGAAGAUCUCUCUGGCUCUCAAAUAAAUAAAUAGAUUAAUAAAUAAAAGGAAUGUGGCAGAGGAGCAGGCAUUAGAUUUACUCUGGCAAUUAAGGUGAAAACCCUCGGAAUACCUGGGUUCAGUUCCUGGCUGUAGCUCCUGAUUCCAGUGGUGAUUGCUCAAGUAAUCGGGUUCCUGCUCCCCUGGAAGACCUAGAUUGAGUUCCUGGCUCCCAGAAUAUCCCCUGUCUUGCCCCAGCCAAUGUGAGCAUCUCAGGAGUGAACCAGCUGAUGGAAGCCCUCUUCCUGUCUCUCAGAUAAGAAAAAAAGUGGCAGGGCCGGCGCUGUGGUGCAGCGGGUUAAAGCUGCAUCCCAUAUGGGCGCCGAUGUGAGUCCAGGCUACUCCUCUUCUGAUCCAGCUCUCUGCUGUGGUAUGGGAAAGCAGUAGAAGAUGGCCCAAGUCUUUGGGCCCCUGCACCCAUGUGGGAGACCCAGAGGAAGCUCCUUGCUCCUGGCUUCAGUUCAGCUCAGCUCUGGCCGUUGUGGUCAUUUGGGGAGUGAACCAGUAGAAAGGAAGACCUCUCUCUCUCUCUGGCUCUACCUCUCUGUAACUUUGUCUUUCAAAUAAAAGUGGCAAGUGUGUCUGGGGCCAGGUGUUGAGGCUCCCGAGGUGAUCUGGUCUGCAAACAGAUGCUCUGGAUGUGUAAGGAUGACGUGUAGAAUCUACUGUGAGGCCAGGCCAUUAGGUGCAGUACAGAGCAACAGAGGUGGGGCCCAACCCUCCCUGAGUUUGGAGCAUCGUGGGGUGGGGCUGGGGGGACCCAUGGUGUGCAGGUGCCGGAUGCAGGUGUGAGUAGGACUGUUGUGUGUUCAGAAGUGAACACUCCUCAAAGUUGCUCAGAGCAGGGGUCAGCAAAGAUGCUUGGAGAAGGGCCAGGUAGUAAAUACUUCAGACUUUGCAGGUCACAUGAACUCUGUCGAAAGCUCUUCAAAUCUGCCACUGUAGCAUGAAAGCAGCCAAAGAUACCACGUGAAUGAAUGAGCAAGACUGUGUUCCAGUUUUAUUGAUAAGCUCUGGAACCUGAACUACAUAACAGUUUUCAUAUGUUAAACAUGUUAAUCUGCCCAGACUGCUAUAGCAAAGCCACACACUUGGCUUCACCAACAGAUGUUUGUUUCCCAGAGGUGUGGAGGUAGGAAGUCCAGAAUCAGUGUUGUCAGGUUGGUUUCUCCGGAGGCCCCCCUCCUUGGCUUGCAGAGAGUCACAUGUGCUUCUCUCUGCACACAUCCCUAGUGCCUCUUCCUCUUGUUUGGACAGAUUAAAGCCUCACUGUUAUUACCUCAUUUGUCUUUAAUUACCUCCUUGAAGGAUCUAUCUCCUAAUACGGUCACAUUGGGAGUUGGGACUUCAACAUAGGAAUUGGGUAAGGAGGCAUAAUUCAGUCCUUGAAUACUAAGGAUUUUGAUGUUUUUCUCCAACCAUUUAAAAAUGUAAAAACUAUUCUUAAUUUAUGGGUCAUACAUGUUUGGGCUGCAUUUGGCCUGCAGGCUAUAGUUCGGCUGUUACUAUUUCUAGUCAACCAUGCUUCCCAAAGGAACAAGAACGUGACACAGGAAAUAUGGUAAUGGACUGGGAGAGGGAUGAAGAGGAUCCCUGGCCUUCUAGGUGUUUGGGGGGGAUCCCAGGUCCCUAGGGAAGCACCCCAUAGGGCCCAGGCAGAGGCCCUUAUGCUGCAGUCUGGACACGGAGCAGACCAGGGCUGCAGAUGUCAGCUGUGGACAGGUGCAGAGGUCCACAGAAACCUUGCUGUGAUGCUGGGAGCAGUGAUGAGCGAUGAAGCUCUUCCCAUUUUGCAUUCUUAGGCCUAACAAAAGGACGAAACAUUUCCCUGAUGCCCACUGGGAUGUGGACUUCCUGAGCAGUACAUCUUGUUGGAUGCAGUGGCUGUCAUUAAUCAUCCACAAUAACCUGGGAAGAAUGUCGCCCUAGGUUUAUGUGGCCUGGCAAGUGGGGCUUACACAACUAAGGAGGUUGGAACAUGCCCAAGAUGAACCUGACCUAUUUUGAAAAGUUGAUUCGAACUAGCUAAAAGAUUUGAUUUAGUAAUAAAUUAUACAGUUAGUUUAGGAAGAUUGUUCCUUGGGCCUGCUGCUGUGGUAUAGUAGAUUAAGCCUCCAUCUGUGAUGCUGGCAUCCCAUAUGGGCGCCAGUUCAAGUCCCGGCUGCUCCACUUCUGAUCCAGCUCCCUGCUAUGACCUGGGUUAGGAGCUGAAGAUGGCCCAAGUCCUUGGGCCCUUGCACCCCCGUGGGAGACCCAGAAGAAGCUCCUGGCUCAUGGCUUUGGAUCAGCUCAGCUCUGGGCAUUGUGGCCAUUUUGGGGGAGUGAACCAGCAGGUGGAAGACCUUUCUGCCUGUCUCUUCCUCUCAUCUGUAACUCUACCUCUCAAAUAAAUAAAAAAAAUCUUAAAAUAAAGUGGAGCAGCUAGAACACAAACCAACCCCCAUAUGGGAUGCCAGCAUCCCAGCUGGCAACUUUACCCAUUAUACCAUAACUUCGACCCCCUAUGAGAAUGGUUUCUUAUUUUUAUUAUUUUGAAACACAAGUUGUACAUGCACGUGACUUAAAAAUCAAACACUAGAGGUUUAAAGGAAAAAACUGCAGUUCUCUCUCUCACUAUCCACUCUGCCUGUCCAAAAAAAAAAAAAAAAAAAAAAAAACUGCAGUUCUGUGCCCUCGUGGGCAAUGCCUGCCAAUGUUGUAGUCAGGAAGCUGGAGGGUAGCCCUGCCAGUGCCUGUCCCUGGGGCAGCCAGCAGCACCCUGCUCUUCUCCCUGAAGGAACUCCAGCAGUGAGGAUUUUUCCCUGCUGGGUACACCCACCCUAAGCCCGCAGAGCACUUGGCUCAAUCCUCCGUCGCAUGCGUCUCCCACUCUGGGCUCCUUGUGCCUCCUCAUCUGAACUUCCAAGGUUCCUUUGAAGGCUCAGACCCUGUGUUCCCCUACUCCCAGCUCCAUCUUUGCACCCUACCUACCCCUCUCCCAAGUGACCUAGCAGCAGAGUGGGGUCAACUCUGUAAACCUCUGCUGUCUCUGACCUGCUCCCUGCCUGAGCCAUUCCCUUUAUCUGCACCUGCAUGUGGUCCUCUCCCCUUGGAAGCUCCCUUGGGGCGCCCUCACUUUCUCUCCCAGCCUUGUCUUAGUUAAUUGGUAUCACCUGAAUCCUGAGCGUUAACCUUGACUUUUUAUUUUUAACUUCUUGUUUUUUUUCAAAAAACCUUUUAAUCUUUUUAAAAAGAUUUAUUUACAGAGAGAGGGGGAGAGAGCGAGAGAGCUUCCAUUUGCUGGUUCGUUCCCCAGAUGGCUGCAAUAUCCAAGGCUGGGCCAGGCCGAAGUUGGGAGCCUGGAACUCCACCUAGUUCUCCUACAAGGGUGGCAGGGGCCCAAGUACUGGGCUGACUUCUGGUGCUUUCCCAGGUACAUUCCAUUAGCGGGGAGCUGGAUCAGAAGUGGAAUAGCUGGGACUUGAACCAGCGCUCAUACGGGACGUUGGCAUCACAGGCAGCAGCUUAACUUGCUGUACCACCACGCCAGCCCCCAAAUCCACUAAGUCCAUGUCAGUUCACUCUAUAACCUGUUUCUUAGAAUGCACGUUCCUCUUUCAUCCUACCACCUCUGCUGAACACCAGCUUCACUGUCCCAACCCACCACCUAUGGUGGGCUAUAUCUGGAAGGCAGAGAGACAUGGGAAUAGGGUCAUUGGCAACCUGAUAGUGCCACCAGACACUAGACGCAAGGGAGUGUUGAGGCUGUGCCUGGGUUCCUGGGGUCAGAGCAGUGGAGAGCCACUUCAACAGAAUGAACAGGCUGGGGCCGGUGCCGCCGCUCACUUGGUUAAUCCUCCGCCUGCGGUGCCGGCUUCCCAUAUGGGCUCUGGGUUCUAGUCCUGGUUGCUCCUUUUCCAGUCCAGCUCUCUGCUGUGGCCCGGGAAGGCAGUGGAGGAUGGCCCAAGUGCUUGGGCCCUGCACCCGCAUGGGAGACCUGGAAGAAGCACCUGGCUCCUGGCUUUGGAUUGGCGCAGCUCUGGCCAUAGCGGCCAUUUUGGGGGGUAAACCAAGGAAGACCUUUCUCUCUGUCUCUCUCUCACUGUCUAACUCUGUCAAAUUAAAAAAAAAAAAAAGAAGAAGAAGUAGAAGAAGAAUGAAGAGGCUGAUGGAGUCCCCAUCCCCAUGUUUUCUAAACCUGCUGCUCUUGGCUCCCGGCUGCUGUUAGCCAGAAUGCCUCAGAGGAAGAACAAAAACACGGCCUUGUGUCUGUGCUUGUGCAAAGCAGGCCGUGUGGGGACACAGACUGCUUUCCCCCAGUAGGGUGCAAGGUCUGCUGGCUCAGAGCAACGUAGCCAGAGUCAGGGCAAAUGUCACAAAGCCAGAGCACAGAGCACCCUGCCCUUGGAUGCCAGCCAGCUGCCAAUUCAGGUGUUCCCGCCGACUUCUUGUGAUGGAUCAUUCACUAGAAUGAUUCCUCAGCAAAAUUCUGUACUUACUA